GUAGGACCGGGACGCUUGCGUUUACGCGCAGCUGCGCUCAGAGAGAUGGGCGGAACUGUACAAGGAAAACGAUCAAAUGUGUGCAUAACCCUCUUGUCUGUAAACGUUAUUAUCUCUUAGGAAGAUGGUUGAAUGUUUUCUGUUCAUAAUAAACGCAUAGACAACGAAAAUAAUGUCGCCGUAAAAAUAAGAGACUUGUAAGAUGGCUAGCAGCUAGCAUUGAUAUGCUUUGGCCACGAUGUCAACAAAAGACGAUUCAGAAGGAAAGAAGGAGAGUUUUCAUCAAACCGAACUAUAUGCAGAAGUUCCUGCGACAUGCCUGCCUAUUGUCUAUUCUCCAGUGUACAACAUCACCUUCAUGGGUCUGGAAAAGUUGCACCCUUUUGAUGCGGGCAAAUGGGGCAAGGUCAUUCACUUUUUAAAAGAAGAGCAGUUCAUUACCGAUGAGACGAUUGUUCCAGCCCGGGAGGCGAGUGAGGCGGAUCUUCUUGUGGUUCACACGGCACGUUACCUGAACAGACUCAAGUGGUCUCUGGUGGUUGCCACCAUCACAGAAAUCCCACCUGUGUUGUUCCUGCCCAACUUUCUGGUACAGCGCAAAGUUUUAAGGCCACUGCGCACACAAACGGGAGGAACCAUUAUGGCUGGAAAACUGGCAAUGGAAAGAGGAUGGGCGAUAAAUGUGGGUGGAGGAUUUCAUCAUUGCUCCAGCGACAAAGGAGGAGGUUUUUGUGCCUAUGCUGACAUCACACUAGCUAUCAAGUUUCUCUUCGAGAGGGUGGAAGGAGUUGCAAGGGCCACCAUCAUCGAUCUAGACGCCCAUCAGGGAAACGGUCACGAGCGGGAUUUCCUGGAAGACAGACGUGUUUACAUAAUGGAUGUGUAUAAUCGCUACAUUUAUCCAGGAGAUGGAUUUGCAAAGAGGGCGAUUAAACGCAAAGUGGAGUUGGACUGGGGCACAGAAGAUAUGGAGUACCUCCAAAAGGUGGAACUGCACUCGGAAGGCGCUCUGAAUGAGGUACGGCCGGACAUCAUCAUCUACAACGCAGGCACGGACAUCCUUGACGGAGAUUCUCUCGGAGGUCUGGCUAUAUCCCCACAGGGUAUAAUAAAGAGAGAUGAGAUCAUCUUCAGGGCUGCUCGGCAGAGAGGUAUACCCAUCCUUAUGGUGACAUCAGGGGGCUACCAGAAGAAAACCGCGCGGAUUAUCGCUGACUCCAUCCUAAAUCUCCACAGGCAGGGUUUAAUUGGUGGAGAGGCUUUAGAUGGGGCGGGACCUUCACAUGCACCAAUAAUGGUGUCAUCAGGGGCCACAUUUAGUGGCAAUUAAAUUGAUUUUGACUUUUUGUUACCUAAUAAUGACAGAUAGGAGUAAUAUGUGACCCUGGAGCACGAGUAUAUAGCCAACAAUACAGUGUAUGGGUCAAAACGAUAGAUUUUUAUGCCAAAAAUCAUUAAAAUGUUAAAUAAGGA